AUGGAACAAACGACUGCGACAGCAGAAGCCCCCACAGCUUCCACGACCGCUACACUCAGUGUCGACUUUACAUGGAAGAAAUGGAAAGCCCUGAUUACCGAUGCAAAUAAACCCGACGCAAAGCCCCUCUAUACAGUCGACUUCCAACAGUUCAAGAACCCGCGCAUCAUCUACAGACGCGGAGAGAGUGAAGAGGUUAUUGGCACUGGCACUCUACACACAUUCAAUAUUGAUGCCGACUAUGAGCUGCACGGCCGACGUGACACAUUAGUUGCCCAGCGGCGCUGGCACACCGUUUACUCCCACCGCUCCCUCGCCCUCUCCGACAAUGAGAAGCCGGUCAGAUUGACCUGGACCAGUGAUAGUGACUUCAAAACAUGGGACUUUAUCUGUUGCGAUGAGCAGCAGAUGCCGGUGGCCCGAUUCAGCGCCAACCUCUGGGCAAUGAAGAAACUCGGAAAGAUCGAGUUUAUGGGCCCAAUGGCGGACAGUGAGGCCUUGAAGGACGAGAUCGUGGUCACCGGCCUCACGUUGCUGCUCUGCAUGACGCUACGGUCCUCCAGUAUCCUCUCUUUCUUCGGAGCCCUUUUUGCUAGCCCGGGUCAUGAUAAGAAGGACGCUCUGAAGACUCAGUCAGAGUGA